AACAUAAAAUGCCAUCAGUCUUCGUCUUGCUGAUUUUGUAGUUGAGCUCUGACGAACAUCGCCAGAGGUGCAUUUAAUUUAAUUCAUAAUAAGUUUUAUAUCAAAUUUGAUGGAUUUAACGAAUAAAAACGUUGUUUAUGUUGGGGGCUGUGGUGGAAUCGGUGCAACUAUUUGCAAACAUCUUGUUCUAAAGAAAGUUUCAAACCUCGCCGUCCUGGAUGUAGUGGAAAACCCUGAACUGAUCAAAGAAUUGGCUGAACUCAAUCCUUCAACGAAUGUUUUCUUCGUAAAGGUUGACAUUUGUAGCAAAGAAAAUGUCAUUCAAUGUUUUGAUGAGCUUUUUUCAAAAUUAAAACACAUCGAUAUUCUCUUCAAUGGCGGUGGAGUGUUCAAUGAAUUUGAACCAGCAAUUACUGUUGGUGUAAACUUGUUGGGAGCGAUAUUCUGCACAAUGUCAUUUUUGGAAAAACUAAAAGACAAAAAGGGAGGAAUGGUUGUGAAUAUUUCCUCUGCAGGUGGAUUGGAAGCAUAUCCACCCGUACCCAUCUAUUGUGCAACCAAAGCUGGACUCAUAUCAUACUCACGAUCAAUGGCAGCUGAAGUUAACUUCUCCCUCCAUGGGACAUCAUUCAUUUGCAUCUGCCCUGGCAUGACACAAACAAGACUUAUCGAUCAAUUCACCUCGGAUAAAUUAACUCCACAUUCUGCUACCAUUAAGGAAACUUUUGAUCAAAUAACUCCUCAAACUUGUGAUGAAUUAGCAAACAAUGUUAUCGAAGCAGUUGAGGAGAACAAAAAUGGAGCUGUUUAUUUAUGUCAAUUUGCCAAUCGAAAAGAGGUUUUAUCUUCUUCCGCUGCCACCGCUGAACUCUUUUCUGAAUAAACAAAUGUCAAAAAAAAGAACUUUGAUCGAUGAAAAAUUAAAUUUUAAUCUUUUUUCCUUUGGUAUAAUUUUAGAUUUUUGCAUAAAUGUCAAAUAAACUCGAAUAUUUGAGAAAUAAAA